AAACUUAUGACCAAACGGUUCCAUAAAUUGGGAUGAGAGGGAGGGAGCACUUAUUUUCCUCGACCCAGACCAAAAAAAGAUUAAAAAAAUAAAAAUAAAAAUAAAAUGCCGGGAUGAAUUGAUUUCCCACCUUGUUCUAAAAACCCUUGUUCAAACCCCAAACGACGACCACCAAAGCCGCCACCCAGCUCCGGCAACAAACUGAUUAUUACUACUAAUAAUAAUGUCAGCUAAAUGGAGAGCGUUGCAACAUCGUCAUCGUUACACAUACAGUGCCAUUAUAUUCCCUCAAUAUUUCAUUGAUGCAUUUCAUCAAACACCUUCCACACACCAAUUCUACACCUCACUAAAAACACUCAUCUCCUUAAACUCUACUUAUUCUCAACUCAAUCAUGCCAAAAACCUCGCUUCAUCAUUCUCCCAAUUAUUAUUACUCUCAAACAACAACGCAUGUGAUGAGUCAUCAAUUGACACAGCUUGUAGAUUUUACCUCGAAAUACUUUUACUUGAAAACUCACAGCCUUUGCAUAGGACUUUGCUUUCCGCGCUUAUCAAGUGCAAGAGUUUCCAUGGCGUGAUCCAAAGUUGUUUCCGCAAACUCUGUGAGGAGUAUUGCGAGAAAAAUGGGAAUGGGAAGAGGUUUUGUGUUUCGCGAGCUGCGUUGUCGAUGAUGAGCAUACCGAAAUUAGGUUUUUUGGUGGAGGUUGUUGAUGAAUGUGCGGUGUUGGUUGGUUUGGAUGUUGUGUUGGGGUUGAAUGAGGUGUUGCUUGAUAUUAAUGAGUGGUCUAGACCGUCACCGAUUGUUAUGGAACAAUGUCAAGAAGCGUUAUCGUGUAUGUAUUACUUGCUACAACGAUUUCCUUUGAAGUUUAUGGUUAAUAAUGCAGGUGGUUGCGAUGUUUUAGAGAGGUUUUUGGUUACUGUUUUGAGUAUUUUGAAAUCGGAAUCGUUUUCUAGGGAUUGUUUAGUGGCGGCUGGGGUGAGUUUUUGUGUGGCUUUGCAGGUUUGUCUUAGCCUGGAAGAGCUUGGAUUGUUUAUUAUGGAAGGAAAUUUUAAUAAUGAGGGGUUGAUUAUGUGUAGUGAGUUUGUGUUUAAGGGCGUAGUUGAGAAAAUCCCGUUUAAGGGCGAUUUGGUUGAUGAAUUAAGUAAGUUUUCGUCGUUGAGUAGAAUUUGCUUGAUUCGAGGUAUUUUAACUGCGGUCCCGAGGGCGGUAUUGAAUGUUGGGUUUGUUGUAUCAAAUGAUAGUGUUAGGGAUUGUGGAGACAACGGGAAAUCAAUCAAAAUGAUUCUUUAUGAUGCGAUUUUGCAGCUUUGUAACUUUUGUGAGAAUCCGAUAGACAGUCACUUCAAUUUUCAUGCUCUGACCGUGAUGCAGAUUUGUCUGCAACAAGUGAAAACGUCAAUGCUAGAUAAAAACGGAAGUCUUGAAGUAAAUUAUGAUCCCAUUUCUGAGGAAAUUGGGACACGAUUAUUGCAAAUAGUGUGGAAUAAUUUGGAAGAUCCUUUGAGCCAAACAGUCAAACAAGUGCAUCUUAUUUUUGAUCUCUUAUUAGACAUUCAGGCCAGUCUACACUGGGUAGAGGGUAGUGAUACGUUGAAAUUGUUCAUGAGGAAGGUUGCUUUUGAUCUUCUUCGCCUGGGACCACGUUGCAAAGGAAGAUAUGUUCCUUUAGCAUCCCUUACAAAGAGGUUGGGUGCAAAGACACUUUUAAGUAUGAGCCCCGAUCUGUUGUUUGAAACUAUAAAGGCGUAUAUCGAUGAUGAUGUGUGUGGUGCUUCAACAACAUUUCUUAAGUGUUUCCUUGAGUGUUUACGUGAUGAGUAUUGGAGUAGUGAUGGUAUUGAAAAUGGGUACAGCAAAUAUAGGGGUUGUUGCCUGCCUCCACUUUUGUCGGGCCUAGCUUCUGGACAUUCAAAACUCCGCUCAAAUCUUAACACCUAUGCACUGCCAGUAUUACUUGAACUGGAUGUUGAUGCUAUAUUUCCGAUGCUCGCUUUUAUUAGCGUCGGAUGUGGUUUGGACAAUGGUGAAGUAUUUCUUACUGAGUUGGAUUUUGGGGGUGUCUCCCCCACGCUUGAAGAGCGAGUGGCUGUUUUAGUUUCAUUGUUUAAGGUUUCCCGUUUACUUGCUUUGCUAGAAGGGGAUAUCGAUUGGUGUAAGAAUUCUUUGUUAUCCCUGGAAGAUGUGGAGCAGAAUUUGGAAAACAGAGAUGCUAUUGUCUGCAUUAAGGGGAUUGAAAUAAAAGUCCCAGAGAAAUAUCUGGUUCUGGCGCUUACGCAUAUUGAUGAGUCACUUCGGAUUGAUGCAGCAGAAUCUCUGUUCAUAAAUCCAAAGACUGCUAGUUUGCCAUCAUCAUUGGAACUCAGUCUGAUGAAGGUAGCAAUUCCUUUGAACAUGAGAUGUUGCUCAACUGCUUUCCAGAUGAAGUGGACAAGCUUAUUUCGGAAAUUCUUUUCUCGGGUUCGAACAGCAUUAGAGAGGCAGGUUAAGCAGGGAAGCUGGCAACCUCUUGCAGGGAAAGACACAAGUAGAGAUUCCGUUGCUAAAGGAACAGGAGAUAUGUUUCAAGACAGGGCAGAUGAACUUUUUAACUUUAUGAAGUGGUUGAGUUGCUUUUUGUUCUUUUCAUGCUACCCCUCUGCUCCAUAUGAGAGAAAGAUAAUGGCAAUGGAUCUUUUAUUGAUAAUGCUAAAUGUUUGGUCUAUUGUGGGCCCAUCAGAAGGAAAUGUUGGUGCUGUUUCUCCUGAAUUCUCUCUUUAUCCCUACAGUAAGGGGCUUCUUUUACCUGAAUCAACUCUAUUGCUGGUUGGAUCAAUUGUUGAUAGUUGGGACCGACUUAGAGAGAGUUCUUUUCGUAUUCUGCUGCAUUUUCCUACUCCUCUUCCUGGAAUUAAUAGCCAGGACAUGGUUAGUGAAGCAAUUGUUUGGGCUAAGAAGCUAGUCUGUAGUCCACGUGUCAGAGAAAGUGAUGCUGGAGCUCUGACUUUACGACUUAUAUUCAGAAAGUAUGUUUUGGAACUUGGUUGGGUUGUUAACGUCUCAUCUAACACUGGAUCCCCUCAAUCGCUGUCCAAGCUGCCAAACGGGGAGAAUAAGGCUCGUAAGCUUGCACCUCCAGCAAUAGAAUAUUUAAGAUCACUGAUUGAUUGGCUGGAGGCACUUGUUCAGGAUGGAGAGAAGGAUCUUUCAGAAGCAUGCAAGAACAGCUUCGUUCAUGGUGCUUUGCUUGCUCUUCGAUACACAUUUGAGGAACUUGACUGGGAUUCUGAUGCAAUAGUCUGCAGUACAUCCGAAAUGAAAGUGGUAUUGGAGAAGAUUUUGGAGUUGGUCAUGCGGAUAACUUCGUUGGCCCUUGGGGUGGUAUCAGCUGAUGCUUGGUACUUACCUGAUGAUAUGGAGGAAAUGGGUGAUGAUGCUCUUUUGCUAGAGGUUCCUCAUGAAGUGGAUGAAUCCCUAUCUACCUCAGACAAGGUACAAAAUACAGAAGUGAAGCAGGAGGGCAGGGGAACUGAGCAGAUAGUUAUGGUUGGUUGUUGGCUUGCUAUGAAAGAGGUGAGCCUUCUUUUGGGAACAAUAAUAAGGAAAGUUCCUUUGCCUACUUCAAAUGUUUCAGAAUCAGGUUGCCAAGUUGUUCAUGAAACUGAUUUAUCCAAUAGGACAUCUGGCGCAAUGCUUGAUGUGAAACAACUCGAGGUAAUUGGCAACCAUUUCUUGGAAGUCCUUUUGAAAAUGAAGCAUAAUGGUGCUAUUGAUAAGACAAGGGCUGGAUUUACUGCGCUUUGCAAUCGAUUGCUUUGUUCAAAUGAUGCAAGACUUUGUAGGUUGACUGAGUCUUGGAUGGAGCAACUUAUGGAACGAACAAUAGCCAAGGGACAAACAGUGGAUGAUCUCCUAAGGAGAAGUGCUGGUAUUCCUGCAGCAUUUAUUGCCUUUUUCCUUUCAGAGCCACAGGGCACACCAAAAAGGCUUUUGCCAAGGGCAUUACGGUGGUUAGUAGAUGUGGCUAAUAAGUCUUUAACAGAUCAUAGUGAAUCAAACAGUUUCAGUGCUGAUGCUUGCAAUGGUUUUGGGGAGGCUGGCCCAGCUAUUUUUUCUAAAAUUGUAUCUGAUAUAUAUGAAGCUGAAAGGAUCUCAAAGAUUCGAGAUGAGGGUGUUGUUCCUACUGUGCAUGCUUUCAAUGUCCUCAAAGCUGCUUUUAAUGAUACCAACCUAGCAACUGAUACAUCAGGUUUCUCUGCUGAGGCUUUGAUUAUCUCGAUACGCUGUUUCUCGUCUCCACACUGGGAGGUACGGAACAGUGCCUGUCUUGCUUAUACUGCUUUGGUACGUCGCAUGAUUGGAUUUCUGAACGUGCACAAGCGAGCAUCAGUCAGGCGCGCUAUAACGGGGCUUGAAUUCUUUCAUAGGUACCCUUCCUUGCAUCCAUUCUUAUUUAAUGAGCUAAAAAUUGCAACAGAGUCACUCUUGGAUGGAUCAUCUGAACAUUUAAGGUCCAACCUGGCUAAAGUUGUUCAUCCCAGCUUAUGUCCAGUCUUGAUUCUCUUUUCUCGACUCAAGCCUUCUCCAAUUGCAAGUGAAGCUGGUGAUUCCCUGGAUCCUUUCCUUUUCAUGCCAUUCAUCAGGAAAUGCUCAGUCCAGAGCAAUCUUCGUAUUCGUGUUCUCGCAUCAAGAGCUCUAACAGGUCUAGUGUCUAAUGAAAAGCUUCCACUAGUUCUCCUAAAUAUUGCCUCUGAGUUACCUGGCACGGGGAAGCACGUUGUGAAUCCUGAGUCGUCUAUGUCAUCCAACAGAGUAAAUAGUUCUUUUAAUUCACUUCAUGGGAUGUUAUUACAGUUGAGCUCUCUUCUAGAUACGAACUGCAGAGAUCUAGCUGAUGUUUCCCAAAAAGAUAAUAUUCUUACUGAAUUGAUUCAUGUUCUUGCUUCACGUUCAUGGAUUGGGAGUCCUGAGCAAUGUCCUUGCCCAAUUAUCAAUGGCUGUUUUUUGAAGGUGCUAGAUAACAUGCUGAGUGUUGCAAGAACAUGUCAAACGAGCAAAAAUAUUGAUGUCAUUUGGGACCUCCUUUGGAGGUCAUCUUCAGAAUGUUUAGAUUUAGGAGUGGCUAGUGCACCGACAUAUUUUGAUCCAACUAUCUCAGAACUUCGGAAACAAGCUGCAUGUUCAUAUUUCAAUUGUGUUUACCAAACAUCUAAAGAAGCUGCCGAAGAUUAUCUGUUAGUACGAUCAAAAGGCCCUCCUUCUGGUUCAAACUUAUCGAACAUAUCCGUAAAUGAGAUUUCUUUCAGCAGGUUCCAGGAAAGGCUAAUACGUUCAAUCUCUGACACUUCAUAUGAAGUUCGGAUUGCAACACUGAAGUGGUUUCUUUUAUUUCUCAAGACACCAGACUAUAGUGAGAUAAAGAGAAGUUGCUUGACCAGCAUCGAUCUCCAGACCACUAUGAUGAAGCUUUUAACUUUGGACAAUAACCAUAAAUGUUUGAACUACAUUUUGAAGAUUAUCUACAGCUGGAGUCUGCAGGAGUAUCACAAUAAUGGAGAAGAAUGUUAUCCUAAAUUAUUUGGUGCUAUGGAUAGCGAGUCCGUGCUCAAGUUCUGGGACAAGGCGGUUUCCUUGUACAAGGUCACUAGGCAUUCAAAGACUCGGGAGAUGCUUCUUUGUUGCAUGGGGAUUUGUAUAAAACAUUUUGUCAGCUCACUGAGUAGUUCAGUUGUAAGCUUGCAAAGUGUCAAAGCUGGUGAAUUCAGCCACCAUGAUGAUCUAUCUAAAUCAUCUGUCUUUUACGAGUGUAUCAGCUAUUAUGUUGACCUAAUUGAACAACACAGUGAUGCGUCAGAGCCUGUAAACAUGCGUAGGGCGGCUGCAGAGUCUAUGAUAGCAUCUGGUUUGUUGGACCAAGCCGAGGUUAUUGGUCCUUCAGUCUACGGUAACCAAAUUCCUGAUGGCAAUUGGUGUUCCCCUUUCAAGCUAGAAAUGGUGGUUAAUAGGUAUGCCCAUAAAAUCCUGGAUUUAUGGUUUACAUGCAUUAGGCUUCUUGAGGAUGAAGAUGAGAGUCUUAGGAGGAAACUUGCCGUGGAUGUCCAAAAUUGUCUUACAUCUAAAACUUAUGAAAGAAGCUUCCUGACAGGAAUGGUUCCAAGCCAAGUAGAGCAAGUGAUUGAGAGGAGCUUCGAGCAUCUUUCAUCAAUUUUUGGUCACUGUGUUGACUACCUUGAUUUCCUUUGCCGCAGGGUUCUUGAUUCUGCUAAUCAUUCUUGUGUUAUUUCCGAAGGAGAUCUUAUCAAACGUGUCUUUGACAAAGAGAUUGACAACCAUCAUGAAGAAAAACUUUUGAUAUGCCAGAUAUGUUGUUCUCACUUGGAGAAGCUUCCAACCUCAAAGUUUUCGUUAGGUGAACCCAGUGACAUACAUGAUGUGAAUGACUUUUUGCAAAACUGGAGGCGGCGGUUUGCGCGGAAGUUAGUAUUAUUUGCCAAAGAUUAUGUUGCUGCGCAGGGAGGAUUUGAAUGGAUUGGUGGGUUUGGUAACCACAAAGAUGCCUUCUUACCUCUUUAUGCAAAUUUACUUGCCUUUUAUGCCUUAUCAAACUGUAUUUUUAAUGGGCAACAAGAAGAUAGAAAGUUGAUGCUCCCUGAAGUUCAAGAAAUUGGUGAGGCCAUACAACCAUUCCUUACAAAUCCUUUAAUCUCUAAUUUAUUCAUAUUAGCAGUUAAGUUCCACAACAAAAUGAUCUGUGAAGGUUCGCGUGAUUUGAGCCAAAAGGCUACUGAUGAGUCAGCUUGGGAUGCUUUUGAUCCUUACUUUCUUCUAAGGUGAGAGACUCAAUUGUAUAUUCCUAAUUGAUGUGUAAAACUGUUGUAAUGGUUGUGAUUCUUUUUGGGGGGAGAGCAUAAUUAUGGUGAUCCCUAUAAGAUUUUUAUGUGAUCAUUAUAGUUGAUUUUACUGCAA